CCAUGCAUCAAGGAUCCACGGUUACAACCAUGGAUUUUCAUCCUUUGCACCACACAUUGCUACUCGUUGGUUCUGUUAUCGGAGAAAUCACACUCUGGGAACUUGGAAUGCGUGACAAGUUGGUUACAAAGCCAUUCAAGAUAUGGGAAAUGUCGACAUGUACAACGACGUUCAAGGCUUUGAUGGUCAAUGAUACACCCGUAUCUGUCAGUCGUGUCACAUGGAGUCCUGACGGAAGUUUAGUAGGCGUUGCAUUUUCCAAACACUUAAUUCACUUGUAUACUUAUCAUGGAUCUAAUGAUCUAAUCCAGCACUUAGAGAUUGAUGCCCACGUUGGUGGUGUAAAUGACUUAGCUUUUGCUCAUAUAAACAAACGAUUGUGCAUUGUUACCUGUGGAGAUGACAAGCUCAUAAAGGCGUGGGAUUCAAUGACGGGACUUCAAUGGUAUAAUUUUGAAGGUCAUGAUGCACCAGUUUAUUCCAUCUGCCCACAUCAGAUAGAGAAUAUUCCGUCCAUAUUUUCAACCGCCGUCGAUGGGAACAUGAAGGCCUGGCUGUAUGAUAAUAUGGGUUCCAGAAUUGACUAUGAUACUGAAGGACCCCGGUGCACUACAAUGCUUUAUAGUGCUGAUGGAAGUAGAUUGUUCUUUUGUGAAACAAGUAAAGCUGGACAAUCUGUUCUGGUUGAAUGGAAUGAAAGUAAAGGAGCGAUACAUAAAAUUUAUGAAGGGUUUAGGAAGAAAUCAACAGGUGUGGUGUCAUUUGACACGACGCAAAAUCACUUUUUGGUUGCAGGAGAAGAUAGCCUGAUAAAGUUUUGGAAGAUAGAACAUGACUAUCCUCUCAGUGUUAUAGAUGCAGAGGGUGGACUCCCUAGUCUUCCCCGUGUGAGAUUCAGUAAGGAAGGAAACCUCCUUGCUGUCACAACAGCAGACAAUGGAUUCAAGAUACUUGCGAAUGCUGUGGGUCUUAGAUGUUUAAGAGCAAUUGAAACAUCAUCUUUUGAUCCAUUGAGAACACCCAUUGUUUCUGCUGCAAUUAAGGCUUCUGGCUCUUCUACAGUUACAAAUGAUGGUCCUGUCAGUUGUAAAGUAGAAAGAAGCUCUCCUGUCAGGCCUUCUCCUAUACUUAAUGGAGUUGAUCCCUUGGGUAGAAGUGUCGAAAAGCCAAGAGUUGCGGAUGAUGCAAUAGAGAAGACUAAACCGUGGAAGUUAGCUGAAAUUGUGUAUCCUAUUCAGUGUCGGUUAGUUACCUUACCUGACAACACAGAUACCUCCAGCAAGGUUGUUCGGCUUCUAUAUACCAAUUCUGGUGUUGGUAUUUUGGCUCUCGGGUCAGACGGUGUUCGGAAGCUAUGGAAGUGGCUCCGCGAUGAAGAGAAUCCAUCUGGGAAGGCCACAGCCAACGUGGUUCCACAGCAUUGGCAACCAAACAGUGGUCUUCUUAUGACUAAUGAUGUCUCAGGUGUCAAAUUGGAAAUAGCAGUACCAUGCAUAGCACUCUCAAAGGAUGAUUCGUAUGUAAUGUCAGCCACUGGUGGAAAAGUUUCUUUGUUUAACAUGAUGACUUUCAAGGUAAUGACAACAUUCAUGUCUCCUCCUCCAGCUUCAACCUUCCUAGCAUUCCAUCCUCAGGAUAAUAAUAUCAUAGCAAUUGGAAUGGAGGAUUCAACUAUUCUUGUUUACAAUGUUCUGGUGGAUGAGGUGAAAUCAGAAUUGAGAGGUCACCAAAAGAGAAUAACUGGUUUGGCUUUUUCAACCAGCCUCAACAUCUUAGUUUCUUCAGGUGCUGAUGCUCACUUGUUUGUGUGGAGCAUUGAUACAUGGGAGAAAAGGAAAUCGGUUGCAAUCCAAAUCCCAGCUGGAAAGGUACCUACAGGUGACACACGAGUACAGUUUCACUCUGAUCAAAUUCGCCUGCUGGUAGUUCGUGAAACACAGUUAGUAAUAUACGAUGCCUCCAAGAUGGAGCGCAUACGACAGUGGGUUCCUCAAGAUGCUCUGCCUGCGCCCAUAUCUUAUGCAGCAUACUCCUGUAACAGCCAAUCUGUUUAUGCUACCUUUCGUGAUGGUAAUGUUGGGGUGUUUGAUGCUGAUAGCCUCAUACUUAGAUGCCGUAUAUCUUCAUCAGUGUACUUGUCCCAAGCAAUCUUAAAGGGGUAAGUUAUCCGUUGUAUUCCAUGCAGGCAUGAAGCCUUUGUAUACCCUCUUGUGGUGGCUGCACAUCCGAUGGAGGCAAACCAAUUUGCAAUCGGGUUGAGUGAUGGAUCUGUUAAAGUGAUGGAGCCCACAGAAUCAGAAGGGACGUGGGGAGUGAGUGCACCGGUGGAUGGUAGUACGACAUCGUUAUCUACCACAAGCAAUCACAAAGCCGUGCAGUUAUUAUGGCGUGAGGAUGGAUCGGUGUUUUUAUUCAACAUGAACUUCUUUGAAGAGAAAGUUGAGGCAGGAGAAUGGGAAGAAGCUGAGAAGUAUUUAUCUGGCUUUACAAAACUUGAUGAUAACCGACAUUCUCUGAAGAUAUUCUUUGAGAUAAGGAAGCAGAAGUAUCUGGAAGCACUUGAUCGGCAAGACAAGGCAAAGGCUGUUGAAAUAUUGGGGAGUGAUUUGAAGGUGUUCUCCGCAUUUAAUGAGGAAGUGUACAAAGAAUUAAGUCAACUUUUGACACUCAACAAUUUCAGGGAACAUGAGAAGCUCUCCAAAUAUCCGGAUACAAUAACUGCUCGCAGUCAAGUGUUGAUAGAACUGAAAAAACUCAUAGAAGCAAAUCCAGUUUUCCGUUCUGAGCUUGCUAAACUACUUUGAAGCCUUCAGGACUAUAGUUUGAACUGGCAUCAUCAGCUAUGCAAGAAUCCAAGGCCUAACCCAGACAAGAUUUUAUUCACAGAUCACACAUGUGCGCCUCCAAUUGGUCCACUGGCACCUACGCCUGUUAAUCUUCCAGUUGCAAAACCUGCUGCUUAUACAUCACUUGGAGCUCAUAGUCCCUUCCCACCAACCGUGGCUAAUGCUAGUGCUUUAGCAGGCUGGAUGGCCAAUGCUUCUGCCUCUUCAUCUGUUCAAGCUGCUGUUGUCACUGAAUCAUGCAUACCUGUUCCACAAAAUCAAGAUAUAGCUUAUGGACAAAGCCGCCAUUUCCAAUUUCUCACCAUUCUGAUUAUUCGGCUUGCUCAAAUCGUUAUUGAUAUAUUAGUUCUUGCUGUUUCUUCGGAAGUUGCGAAAGGCAUCUUCCAAGAAAUUAAACGUCAUAUGAGAUAUGUAAUCAUCUACAAGCAAAAUAUUGACAAGUUUGAGGAGAAAUUGAAGUCAUUGAUAGCAAAAAGAACAAGUGUGCAGCAAGAGGUUGCUGUUGCAGAUAAUAACGGGGAGAAGAUAAAAGCGGACGUCGAGCAUUGGUGCAACACAGUGGACAAGGUAAUCAAUGAAGAGGAGAAGAAGGUGAAGGAUCUUGAAGACAAAGCAAAGAACAAGUGCUUCGUUGGCUUGUGUCCCAAUAUCAAGUCUCGCUAUCAGCUUAGCAAGCAAGCAAAUAAAGGCGCAGUGGUUGUCGACAACCUUAUCCAACUGGGUCAAUUUAAUGGAGUGGGAUAUAUUGAUGUUCCAAAGGCUAUAGUGGGCGCAUCUCCUAAUGGCUUUGAGACCUUUAAAUCAAGAGAGAAGGUUUUCAACGAUAUCAUGGAGGCAACGAAAGAUGCUACUGUCAGCAUGAUAGGGGUGUAUGGGAUGCCUGGUGUGGGCAAAACAUUACUAGUCAAAGAAGUUGCAAGACAAGUCCAAGAGGUUAAGUUAUUUGAUUCGGUGGUUGCAGUAACUGUGGCUCAAACUCCUGACAUUCAGAAAAUUCAAGAAAAUAUUGCAGAGUUAUUGGGUUUAAGACUAGAAGAUAAAAGUACGGAUGUAAGAGCGCGUAGAUUGCACGAAAGGUUGAAGAAAGAGAAAACGGUUCUUGUUGUUUUAGAUGAUAUUUGGAAGAGACUGGAUCUCGAGGAAGUCGGAAUUCCAUUUGGAAACAAACACAAGGGAUGCAAGAUAUUGUUGACGUCAAGAGAUCAACAUGUUCUCUCCAAUGGGAUGGAUGCUGACAAAACUUUUGCAAUUGAUGAUUUAGACGAUGAAGAAGCUUGGGACUUGUUUAGGAAAAUGGCUGGGGCCGAGAGCAUUGAAAGUGCUGAGUUGCGCUCUACAGCAAUUGAGGUAGCCAAAAAAUGUGCAAGAUUGCCGCUAGCCAUUGCAACUGUUGCAAAGGCAUUGAGAAAUAAAAGUUUAUUUGCUUGGAAGGAUGCUUUACGACAACUACAGAAGCCUUCCUCAAGAAAUUUUACUGGAAUAUCCGCAGACGUAUAUUCAGCUAUAGAGUUGAGUUACAAUCAUUUAGAAAAUGAAGAACUCAAACAGGUUUUUUUGCUUUGCGGUCUAGUGCGUCGUGAUACAAGCAUUGAUGACUUGUUGAAAUACACCAUUGGUUUGAGUUUAAUCAAAGGUGUCGACACCAUGGAGGAAGCACGAAAUAGGUUGUUAACAAUGGUGAGUGACCUCAAAGCCUCUUGUUUGUUACUUGAUAGUAACACCAGUUAUCGUUACUUUGAUAUGCAUGAUCUUGUUUAUGAUGUUGCCAUGUCAAUCGCUUCUAAGGACAAUCAUGUUUUUGCAUUUAACAAGGAGGAUGUUUUGAAAGAUUGGCCUGAUGAAGAGACAAUGAAAAAGUGCGACAAGAUUCAUUUGGGAUUUGCCAGUAUUAGAGAGCUUCCUGACGAGUUGAAUUGCCCACAACUUGUUUAUUUCCAUGUGUUUAGCAAGGAUGGUUCCCUGAUAAUGCCACCUAACUUCUUUAAGGAAACAACAAAUCUUAAAGUCUUACAUUUGACUCGUGUGUAUUUUUCUUUAUCUUCGUCAAUUUGUCACCUAACAAGUCUUCGUACAUUGUGUCUAAAUGCAUGUGCAUUGGCAGAUAUAGCUGUUACUGGAGAGCUCAAGAAUUUAGAAAUUCUUAGCUUUUCGAAUUCUUAUAUUGAAAUUCUACCUAAAGAAAUUGGACGAUUAGUUAAGCUAAAGUUAUUAGAUUUAAGUAAUUGUACAAAGCUCGAAAUAAUUUCACCGGAUGUCUUAUCAAGUUUGAUCAGAUUAGAAGAAUUAUAUAUGUAUGGUACUUUUAUUCAAUGGGAAGUAGGGGGACAUGCCAACCAUCGAACCAAUGCUAGUCUUGCUGAAUUGACGACUUUGUCUUGUUUAACCACUUUGGAAGUUCAUAUUCCUGAUGCCGAGGCCGUGCUAGGGGGCUUGUUCUUUAAAGAGUUGCAAAAGUUGGAAAGAUACAAGAUUUUCAUAGGAAAGGAAUGGGAAUGGUUUGGUGCGUAUGAAUAUUCAAGGACUUUGGGACUCAAGUUAAGUACAAGCGUUGAUCAUUUGGCUCAUGGAAUUAAGAUUUUGUUGAAGAAAAUUGAAGCUCUGUAUUUAGAUGAAUUGAAAGGUGUCAAGAUUGCAAUCCAAGAGUUAGAAGAUGAGGAAAGCUUAUCACAUUUGAAGUAUCUCUGUAUCCAAAAUGGUUCAGUGAUCAAAUAUAUAAUUAAUGAUAAUGGAAUUCAAUUUCCUCAAUUACGAUCUUUGACACUUCAAAAUCUACCGCAACUCAUUAGCUUUUGCUUUGAAGACAAGAGUGACUCUACCUCAAUAUCUCAACAUGAAUUGCCUCUUUUCAAUGAAAAGGUGUUGUUCUCUUGCUUGGAGAAUUUGCAAUUGUGCUCAAUUAAUGUUGAAAGGAUAUGGCAUAAUGAGCUUUCAAUUAGUUCUUUCUACAAUCAUGAGAAUUUGACAAAUUUGGUGAUCAAGGAUUGUGGCAACUUAAAACAUUUAUUAUCAUUUUCCAUGGCUAGAAGGCUAGUGCAUCUCGAGUACUUGGAGAUAAUUGGAUGUAAGUGCUUAAGAGAGAUAAUUUCCACAGAGGAUAUCGAAGAAGAAAGCAAGGCUAAGAUUUUAUUUCCUCAAUUGAACUCUCUGGAGUUAAGGAAUAUUGAAUUGUCAUCCUUGAAGUCACUGAACAUAGAUAGUUGCCCAGAAUUGAGGGGGUUCAUAUGCAAAUCUACAAUGGAAGGGAGCCAAUGUUGCUCUAGUGAAUCUCUCUUUGACAAAAAGGUUGCAUUUCCCAAUUUGGAGGGAAUUUUUAUUUCCAACUUGAGAAGCAUCAACAUGAUAUGGCAGAACCAAGUCCCUGUGAAUUCCUUUCGCAAACUACAACGAAUGGAAGUUGUGAAUUGUGAUUAUUUAUUGACCAUUUUCCCAUCUGAUACGUUGAGAGCACUUCAAGGAUUGCAAACUCUACGAGUUGAGAGAUGUGUUUUCCUAGAAGAAAUAUUUGAAGUCGAAGGGUCAAGUGUGGAAGAAGCACGUGCUGUCACCACUCAACUAAGAGAAUUGUUUAUUAAGAAUCUACCAAACUUGAAGUAUAUUUGGAAAAAUGAUCCCCAAGGAUUUUUUACCUUUGAAAAUCUGCAGGUGAUACAUGUUUGGUGCUGUUUGAAUCUGAAGAAUGUAUUUCCGGCCUCAAUAGCCAGAGUUCUUCCACAACUUAGAGAUCUUUGUAUAGAUGACUGCGGCGUGGAGGAGAUUGUAUCCAAAGAGGAAGGACUGAAAACGGCUGUCACUUUCGAGUUUAAUCAAGUAUCCUCCCUUAAGCUUUGGAACCUACCACAACUCAAAUGUUUCUACCCAGGGGUGCAUACGACCAAGUGGCCAAUGUUAAAACAGUUGAAAGCAUAUAAAUGUGGCAAAACGAAAAUAUUCGGUACAGAAUGUUUCAGCAUCGUAAAUACGCCUAAUGUUUUAAUUCAUCCAUCACUGUUCUUGGCUGAAAAGCAAGCUUGGUCAUUGGAUGACCUACCAACAACAGUGGCCUUGACCAUGCAUCAAGGAUCUACGGUUACGAGCAUGGAUUUUCAUCCAUCGCAGCACACAUUGCUACUCGUUGGUUCUGCUAAUGCUGAAAUCACACUGUGGGAACUUGGAAUGCGUAAGCGGUUUAUUACAAAAUCAUUCAAAAUAUGGGAUAUGGCGGCAUGUUCAAUGACAUUUCAGAGUAACUUGCAGGGUUUGAUGGUCAAUGAUACACCCAUAUCUGUCAAACGUGUCACAUGGAGUCCUGAUGGAAGUUUUGUAGGGGUUUCAUUUUCCAAACACUUAAUUCACUUGUAUGCUUAUCCUGGAUCUAAUGAUCUAAUACAACACUUAGAGAUUGAUGCCCAUGUUGGUGGUGUAAAUGACUUAGCUUUUGCUCAUCCAAACAAACAACUGUAUAUUGUUACCUGUGGAGAUGACAAGCUCAUAAAGGUGUGGGAUUCAAUGACAGGACAAAAGCUGUUUAAUUUUGAAGGUCAUGAUGCACCAGUUUAUUCCAUCUGCCCGCAUCAGAAACAGAGUAUUCCGCUCAUAUAUUCAACCGCUGUCGAUGGGACAAUUAUACUCUGGCUAUAUAAUGAUCUGCAGUUUAGAGCUGACUUUGUUGCUCUAGGUCACGGGUCUACUACAAUGCUUUACAGUGCUGAUGGAAGUAGACUGUUCACUUGUGGAACAAGUAAAGGUGGACAAUCUUAUCUGGCUGAGUGGUACAAAAGUCAAAGAGUAGUAAAGAGGAUUUAUACUGGGUUUGGAAAGAAAUCAGCAGGUGUCGUGUCAUUUGACACAACGCAAAAUCAAUUUUUAGCUGCAGGAGAAGAUAGUCAGAUAAAGUUUUGGCACAUGGAUAACAGCAAACUUCUCACUUUCACAGAUGCAGAGGGUGGACUCCCUAGCCUUCCCCGUGUGAGAUUCAAUAAGGAAGGAAAUCUCCUUGCUGUCACAAUAGCAGACAAUGGAUUCAAAAUACUUGCCAAUGAUGUGGGUCUCAGAUCUCUAAAAGUUGUGGAUGAUGCAAUAGAGAAGACUAAACCUUGGCAAUUAUCUGAAAUUGUGGAUCCUCUUCAGUGUCGGUUAGUUAACUUACCUGACAGCACAGAUACUUCCAGCAAGGUUGUUCGGCUUCUCUAUACCAAUUCUGGUUUUGGUAUUUUGGCUCUUGGGUCAAACGGUGUUCAGAAGCUAUGGAAGUGGCCCCGCAAUGAACAGAAUCCAUCUGGGGAGUUUUUGUUUGCAAUGCUAGUAACACAUGACGAGCAGGUAAUGGCAACAUUCUUGCCUCCUCCUCCAGCUUCAACCUUCCUAGCAUUCCAUCCUCAGGAUAAAAAUAUCAUAGCGAUUGGAAUGGAUGAUUCAAGUAUUUAUAUUUACAAUGUUCAGGUGGAUAAGAUGAAAUCAAAAUUGAGAGGUCACCAAAAGCGAAUAACCGGUUUGGCUUUUUCAACCAGCCUCAAUAUCUUGGUUUCUUCAGGUGCUGAUGCUCAUCUGUGUGUGUGGAGCAUUUUUACAUGGGUGAAAAGGAAAUCGGUUGCCAUGCAAAUCCCAGCUGGAAAGGCACCUACAGGUGACACACGAAUACAGUUUCAGUCAGAUCAAAUUCGCUUGCUGGUAGUUCAUGAAACGCAGUUAGCAAUAUACGAUGCCUCCAAGAUGGAGCGCAUACGACAGUGGAUUCCGGAAGAUGUUCUGCCUGCGCCCAUAUCUUACGCAACAUACUCCUGUAACAACCAAUCUGUUUAUGCGACCUUUUUGGAUGGUAAUGUUGGGGUGUUUGAGGCUGAUAGCCUGAGACUUAGAUGUCGUAUUGCUUCAUCAGUUUACUUGUCCCAGGCAAUCUUAAAGGGAAAGCAAGCUGUAUACCCACUUGUGGUGGCUGCACAUCCAAUGGAGGCAAACCAAAUUGCAAUCGGGUUGAGCGAUGGAUCCGUUAAAGUGAUGGAGCCCACAGAAUCGGAAGGGAAAUGGGGAGUGAGUCAAACGGUGGAUAGCGGUGUGGUGAAUGGUAGGACGACGUCGUCAUCUACAACGAGCAAUCACAUACCGGAUCAGUUACAAAGAUGAGAUAUGUAAUACUAUAUGUCCAAAAGUGUCUUGUAUAAUUUAUGAAAUGUAGAUGAUUAGGUUUUUACUUUUUAGUGUACCAUAUGUCUCAACCCCAGCUUAUUCAAAAGUAAGCGUAAAUGUUUAGGAAUUCUUGUAUAAUCCACCUACUUGAUUCAUACUUCUUGUAGUUUUACUUUGCUUGUACUUAACCCCUUACGAGUGUUUUUCUUUUUUCUUGGAAACAGACUUAAUACUAUUAUUAUUAUUUUUGCCUAAUAAACACAGUGGUAAUUCUGAUUUCUUGUA